GACCGUCACGCCUACAAGAGAAGCCAUGCGUGCUGUAGCACUGCUCGUCGUGUUUGGGCUCUUCGUCGACGUACACGGCGCCAGCUUGUACGACCUGAUUAACGCACUGAAUACAACGGAUGCGAUUUGGCUGUAUAAUCAAAGUUACCAAGACACCCCUGAAGCUCCUAAUCGAACGUGUGUACGUUGGCAUAAGAAAAGUCUUACGAAUUCGUCGUAUGUUUUUGACAACGACUACAAACAAAACGGGACAUAUCACACCGAUUACAAUACUACAGCAGCACUAUAUGAAGCAGGUGGGAACGGAUCCAUGAACGUAAACUAUACAAGAGAGGGAUUCAGCUCUGUGAUCGUCAACUACACGUUGAGUAUGUGGAGUGGUGACCAGAAAUGUUUUGUCCUCAUCCGUAACAAUGACACUUCAGGCGAAGUUCAAUGCGAACUCCACGUGUGGAGCUCGUCUUGGCGAGGUAACCACAGCUCCUGUGAUAUGAAUUACGAAGAGCUCUGUGGCAAAGCACAAGGUCCAGAAGUUUUCUCGGAACAUGAGUGCAUGUAGCACAAAGAGACGAAAAUGAAUGAACGCUGUGUUCGGUGUUCUAGCCGUGACGCGGCAACGAAUUCGUGCUUUUCAGUGUGUGGUAAAUGAUACAAAUAAAAUAUUCCUACAAUGGACGCAAAAACAGCCUUUCUAUCGCAAGUCAUUUACGCGCGCCACAUUCACGUAAUGAGAUACUUCACUUAAAAGCAUGCCUAUAAAUGGCUGCAAGCCCAAUCCC